AUACCCAGCCAACCAAUGGUAGACAAAUCCCAACAGACUGAAGUAUCAGAGAAAAAGAAACCCCUGUCCAUACCGCAAUCGUGUGACCCCAAAGCUACCCUUAAUAUUAGUAAUAUUCCUGGAGGCACAGCCAACUAUGAGUCUCUUAGAGUAUCUGCUCAGCUUCAGCAAACUUGGACAAAAAGAAAGCCUAUGCAAGAUAUGACUGAUAAAUCUCUGCAGACAGACACUGAUGCAGAAGAAAAAAAAGAAAUAGAGCCUGUUGCUACAACAGUGGUACCUGAAGAAAAGCCAGUGGCUAUUGAAGAACCAGCUCCUGAAUUUCUAGAGAGUGUUCAUGAAGUUGAAAUUCCACCAAAGAAACCCUCAGCUCAACACCAAAUAGACAGAUCUCAGCAGACCAGUUGUACUGGAGAUUGGGCAAUGAAGUUUAUUACUCAAGUGGAAAAAGCAGACAAAGAACAGCAGACCUACUUUGAUGAAUCAGAAAUAAUGGUUAUUGGCAGACCAAGCAAUUCUUCAAAGUCAAAGGAGGAUGUGCAGAAACGUAAAUCCUCAGGGAAGAUUUUCAUUACUGAACAGCCUGUAAUAAGUAGCAAUGAAGAAAUUAGGCGGAAGAGUAUCAAUAGAUCUUCAUUUAGUCAACAAAUGAAAAGAGGUAAUUCAGUACUUUCAGAUAAGCAUGACUUUCCUGCUGAAGUACAGCCAUCCAGUGUAGAAAAGAUCCCUGCUGAAGUGCAAUCUCCACCAGCUAAGGCUACUGCAGAAGAGGCCCCUGAUGAUCUUCAACCUCCACCAGCUGAGGAGACCCCUGCUGAAGUUCAGACUCUGCCAGCUGAGGAGGCACCUGAAGAAGAGGCCCCAGCUGAAGUAGAACCUACCCCUGCUGUACAGGCUCUUUCAGAAGAGCCUUCUGGGGUCCCUGCAGAAGAGGCCCUAGCUGAAGUUCAGUCUCCACCUGCUGAGGGGUUCCCUGCAGAAGAGGCCCCAGCUGAAGUUCAGUCUCCAUCUACUGAGGGGUUCCCUGCAGAAGAGGCUCCAGCUGAAGUUCAGUCUCCACCUGCUGAGGGGGUCCCUGCAGAAGAGGCCCCAGCUGAAGUUCAGUCUCCACCAGCUGAGGGGUUCCCUGCAGAAGAGGCCCCAGCUGAAGUUCAGUCUCCACCAGCUGAGGGGUUCCCUGCAGAAGAGGCCCCAGAUGAAGUUCAGUCUCCACCAGCUGAGGGGGUCCCUGCAGAAGAGGCCCCAGCUGAAGUUCAGUCUCCACCUGCUGAGGGGUUCCCUGCAGAAGAGGCCCCAGCUGAAGUUCAGUCUCCACCUGCUGAGGGGGUCCCUGCAGAAGAGGCCCCAGCUGAAGUUCAGUCUCCACCAGCUGAGGGGUUCCCUGCAGAAGAGGCCCCAGCUGAAGUUCAGUCUCCACCAGCUGAGGGGGUCCCUGCAGAAGAGGCCCCAGCUGAAGUUCAGUCUCCACCAGCUGAGGGGUCUCCUGCAGAAGAGGCCCCAGGUGAAGUUCAGUCUCCACCUGCUGAAGGGUUCCCUACAGAAGAGGCCCUAGCUGAAGUUCAGUCUCUACCUGCUGAGGGGUUCCCUGCAGAAGAGGCCCCAGCUGAAGUUCAGUCUCCACCAGCUGAGUGGUUCCCUACAGAAGAGGCCCCAGCUGAAGUUCAGUCUCCACCUGCUGAGGGGUUCCCUACAGAAGAGGCUCCAGCUGAAGUUCAGUCCCCACCUGCUGAGGGGUUCCCUGCAGAACAGGCCCCAAGUGAAGUUCAGUCUUCACCUGCUGAGGGGUUCCCUACAGAAGAGGCCCCAGCUGAAGUUCAGUCUCCAUCUGCUGAGGGGUUCCCUACAGAAGAGGCUCCAGCUGAAGUUCAGUCUCCACCUGCUGAGGGGUUCCCUGCAGAAGAGGCCCCAGCUGAAGUUCAGUCUCCACCAGCUGAGGGGUUCCCUACAGAAGAGGCUCCAGCUGAAGUUCAGUCUCCACCUGCUGAGGGGUUCCCCGCAGAAGAGGCCCCAGGUGAAGUUCAGUCUCCUCCUGCUGAGGAGGCCUCUGCAGAAGAGACUUAUGCUGAACUGCAGGUUCUAUCAACUAAAGAAGCUACUUCAGAAAUAAUCCCUGUUGACAAACAACCUCCAUCAUCUGAAGAGGCCUCUGUCACACACAUCUCUGUAAAAGAUUCCCCUGGUGCUGCUCAGCCUCCACUAUCUGAAGAAACCCCUGCAGAUGAGGGUCUGGUAGAGAAUGUGUCUAUUGAAUAUCAAUCUUCCAAAACAAUAGAUGUCCCAGUGGUAAAAUCAGAAUCAGCAACUUUAAAAGAUGAACCAAAAUCUGGAGAGUCUUUAGCACUGGAAUCUUCCUGA